AUCACGGUGCCCAGGUUUCAAAGUGGCAGGAACGAAGUAGCCAGUUGGGAGGUUUGUGUCAGAGAAAAUGGAGAAACAGCAUUGUUAGCGAAAAGACUCAAAAAUAGACAACUAGAAGUGAAACUUACCCAUGAGGCCCAAAGUGCUCAAUUGAAUCUUGUAAAUGUGGUGGGAAAAUAA